AGCACCCAAUAGAACAUAACCUUGUUUUUUGUGGCAAGGAGGAAAAACAAUGUUCCGGACAGUGAAAAAUCUCCUUUUCCGGCGCCCCCAUUUCUGCACAAGUGUCCAGAAUGUCAUCACACCCACUGACACACUCCCCGUGAUACGGACAGCCGCGAAAGCCCGCCAGGCGUGGGUGGAAAAUGUCGAUACGCUCGAAUCGAAGAAGCUGGAAAUUAUCGAAUUGGCCCCGGAAGUUUUUGGGGCUAUGCCCCGCAUUGACAUCAUCCAUCAGAAUGUGGAGUGGCAGCGGAAGUACAGGUACGUUAGUUUUGCACACGCAAAGCUGCGAUUUGAAUGUCGCGGCGGUGGGAGGAAGCCGUGGCCACAGAAAGGAAGCGGCCGGGCGAGGCAUGGCUCAAUCCGAUCACCCCUGUGGAGGGGAGGUGGUGUCUCACACGGACCACGAUCCCCAACAACGCAUUUCUACAUGUUGCCCUACUUUAUACGAGUAAUGGGACUCACAUCAACGCUGUCCGUGAAGCUGGCCCAGGAUGAUUUGUUUGUUGUGAAUAAUUUGGAGAUUCCCGUGGAUGACCCAAAGUACCUCCAGGAACUCAUUGAUGCCCGCAAAUGGGGACCAUCGGUGCUGAUUGUGGAUGAGAGCGAUAUCUUCCCCUACAAUAUCACUGCAGCCUCUGAACAGAUCCCUCAUGUGGCAAUGAUGCCCGUCUAUGGCCUCAAUGUCUACUCUAUGCUAAAAUAUCACACCCUCGUGCUCACCAAAGACGCUGUCCGGAAGCUAGAGGAGCGCCUCCUGUACCAACUCACCCGAACAGACAACCACAAUCUCGUAAAGAAAUUCCGUGUGGGACAAUAGAGGGAUUUUCAAGGAGUAAUCAGUUUAUUAUUUUGAAAAUAAAGUAGCUUACCGAGGAAA